AUGUCUUCUGAAAGCCGCGUGUCCAUGUGGCACUUGAUUGAUGAGCGGCCUCUGCCUAGCGAGGCGGACGACAACAUCCCGGAGUCUGAAGAUUUAAAUUUUCUUCCUGAAGAUUCGGCUGCUGAUGAGAGUGAGUGGUACAGAGGGAUCAGGGACGAGGAUCAUAGUAUCGCUCCCAGUGAGUUUUCGCCUGGACUGGGAGUGGACAGGGAAGAUGACGGUGACUGCUUGCGAAUCGGCAGAGAGAGCGAGAAUCCCUUGCAUGAGGUCUCUGAUUUUUCGUUUUCCAGAUUGGCUGCUCACAGCUCCUUCAAGAGGCUAAGGCUGGAACGACCAAGGCAGGCGUGGGAGAGCCAUCCGGCCUUUAACCGGAAGUCGGGUAGCUCUUCACUUCAUGCUUGGGCGAGUGCUGCUUUCCUUCCAUCCGUUGGUGUGCGAGAGACUUUAAACUUUCCGAAGCCGGAAGAGAGCUACGGAGGGGAAGAGGCAGCCCAUGUGCCUUGGACCAUUGAGCGACGACUGAAGGGAGUGCGCAUUCAGAGGUCGGAUGAAGAUGAGAGAAAUCAUGCUCUGAAGAAGCUUAAAGCUGUGGUGCUCCUGGACCCUUUGGCUACGGCUCUGGGUAAAAGCUUAGUGCAGAAAACGGGUGCUCUUGAGACGGAGGAGAUCAUUGCAGCGAGUUUUAGCGAUGCUUUCAGUUCAAAAUCGGCUGGUACGCUCACCAAAAGGGCUGGCUCUUUGCAGAGGCUGGUGGUUCAACUUUAUAAGCAAGGGGUGGCUUCUCCGUGGCGCAUGGAGGAGGCAGACUUGUAUUCUGCUUUGACCACAUUGCGUGAGGAAGGUUGUGGGGCAACAUCACCAGCUCACAUGUUGGAGAGUUUACAUUUUCUUCAUGCCAUUGCAAGAUUUUUGCAUAUGGAUUUGGAGCUGGUGAUCUCUGCUAGAUGCAAGGGUGUUGCUCAUUCAUGCUUUAUGUCAAAGGCGCCGUUGGAGCAGCGUGAUCCGCUGACAUGCUUCCAGGUGCGGCGACUUGAAGAAGCAAUGGUGAGAGCUGGCCCGGUUGGUCAAUGUAUCUUGGGACAGAUUUUAUUUUGCGUGCAUGCCGUUUGUCGCUGGAAGGAUUCCCAGAAACUAAAACUUUUGGAGCUGCUGGGCACGGGAGAGAGCCAGAUUCUUUUUGGGGAUGCUCUGGGAAGCAAGACGUCUUUGAGCAAGGAGGCCAAAACAAAAUUUACACCAUACGCGGCGCUGGCGCAGGGGCUUACUGAAUGCUCUUGGGCGCGCUUGUGGAUUGAAGCCAGACGCCAGUGUAGGCUCACGUUCGGUGCUGGACCGGAUGGCUUUUGCCUCCCUACAAGGUUUCAGCGACUGGAUGAGUGGGGCUCCACGCCUAUGGGAGCUGGUGAGGCGUCUUCCUACUUAGCGGAGAUUUUGGAAGGCUCUGAAUCGGAGGGACAAGUUCUGGGAACACAUUCUUUGAAGGUCACCCUGCUUACGUGGGCUUCUCGAUCAACAGUGGUGCGCCUGAGCAAAGGAGAACGUCUCCUGUUGGGUCACCAUAUUGUACCGGGGGUCAAAAGUAUGGUGACUUAUAGCCGCGAGGCUUAUACGAGUUUGAUCGGCAAGCUUUUAGCUCUUUACCGCUCGAUCCGAAGCGGAGCUUUUCAGCCAGAUCUCGCGCCUGCAGACAGAGUGCUACAAGUUGCUGACGCCUUGGCUGCGGCUGAGGAAGGUCAAGGCCUGGGUGCAGGAGCGCGGGAUGAGGCGGCCGCAGAGCAGUUGGCUGGGUUUGAGGGCGAGUCGGAGGACUCGGCUGAUGAUGCUGAGGCCGACGGGCCCUUUGAGCUUCCAGGCCAACCUGCAGUGAGAGCAUUGCGCAUUGUCUUCGGGAUUCAAGCUUCUUUUACUGUGGUCGUUUGUGCACUUCGAGAUACUCCAGAUAUUCUGGAGUUGGGACUGAAGAUCCCGAUGUAUGCUGCAAUGUACGAGAGCCAUGAACGAAUGCUAUUCCCUUGGCGCCUGGGAGCGGUGCCAGAGAGAGGGGAUUCGGAAGAAUAUGCGUACUUGUCAUGCAGAUGCUACUGCCCCUGGCGCCUGGGAGCGGUGCCAGAGAGAGGGGAUUCGGAAGAAUAUGCGUACUUGCUACUGCCUUGGCGCCUGGGAGCGGUGCAAUAUGCGUACUUGUCAUGCAGAUGCUACUGCCCCUGGCACCUGGAAGCGGUGCCAGAGAGAGGGGAGCUGGGGGAUUAUCUAGUGCAAGGGGGGGACCUCUGUCAGUUCUUUGUUCGUGAGAUCGCGGAAUCUGGUCGUGUCAUGGCUUCUGCGAACCUUGACUCGGAAGCAGCUUUCUUGGACCGCGCUAGGAAGAUCGGACUGUCCGAGGAAACCCUUACAGGACUCUUGAACAACAGCUUCAACACCUUUGGCCGCCUGGCCUUCGCAGUGUCUGCUACACCAACGACCCUCACCGACGAGGCCGUGGACAACUGGAUUGAUGGAUUGGGCAUGAGACCGUCUGGUUUUCAGAAAGCCAGCCUCCGUCGGCUCCUUUUCGAAGGAGUGAGCAUGGCAAUUGAAGAAGUUCGUACCCGCAUCGAGCCCGGCGUGGAAGGACAUCCUAAGAAGCUGGCAGCGGCGGAACGCUUGGAUAGGCAGGCUAGGCAGGAGAGGUCUCUGGGAGGUUUGGUUUUCACUCCUGAAACCCGGCCAGCCAACUCGUGUGUAGACCUGUGCGUGGAAAUGCUUGAAACAGGUGUGUUGCAGUAUCACGUUCCCAGCAAGUGGAUUAGUCGGGCGCAGGAAGCACAGUGCUUGAAGAGGGACAGCAGCAUAAACAUUGAUGCCGACAACAACCUGAAGAUUGCAACGAAAUCAGCAGAUCAGACAUGUGACGUUUCAUCCGAGAUGAGGUUGCGCCAGGCUUGGAGCCGCCGCUCCUUAGCCUUCGAUUUGGCGAACCUUGCAAGCUUCAGGGUCAUGGAGGAACAUGUUCAAUUCUUGUUUUCGGUUCUUCAGAGAGCGCAGCCGAAGGGCUUUCAGGGUGUCACGCUUUCGCAAAUCAUUGAGGCAGAUAAGCAGAUGUUUAUUCUUGCAAGCAACAACCUCAUGGGACGUUUAACGGCCUCGCCAGGGGCGGCCCCUGCUUUGGACGCGGAGAUCAGUAGACUGUCUAGGAGCCCUGACAUCAUGCAGUAUUUGGCACCCUUGCAGAACCCUGUAAUCCCGCAUGAGUGUGCAGAGUUUCCGUAUGCAAGUCGUGUCAUGACCCGCUUUGUGCAGGAGCGUCUUCCAGGUCAUGUUUUCUCCACAUGUGGCAUUUUUGCAGACAGUCUCACGCCUUUGCAUCGUGACGGCCGCAACGCGCAGUGGCCUAAUGCAGUUUUUCGCUUGAGUGAUUUUAAGGAGGGGGGCUUGUGGAUCGAGGGCCCUGGGGACGAUGUUCGAGUCUUCAAUUCUAAAGAGCUGGUUGGAGCGGUUCACGAAAUUGAGGACGAGCCGCUUCUCUUUGACGCUUGGUCUAAAUACCACGAAACUGAACCUUGGUCAGGUCGAAGAGUUGUGCUAAUCACUUGGGUGGUGCAGCAACUUGAAAAAUUAGAACAGAAGGAUGUGGAGGCAGCGCACCAAUUAAACUUCGUGCUACCUCCUGAGGUGCCGUUGCCUGUGCAAACGGCGCAGCUGGGAGAACGGCCACCCAUGGUGUUUGAGGUUUUCGCAGGCAAAGGCUUGUUGUCCCGGGCCCUGAUGCAGUGCGGAUUCGUUGUCCACAGUUUCGACCAACAUCAUUGCGAUUCUCAUGUGCCCAUUUCGCAGCUUGAUUUGGCAACAGACUCAGGGCAAGCUUUGUUCUGGGAAUUUCUUGAGACACAGCGCCCGUUCGCAAUACAUUUGGGCGCCCCAUGCGGGACCAGCAGCAAGGCCAGAGGCAGACCUUUGUACAAUGGACAGCCGGGACCCCAACCUCUUAGAAGUAGUGAGUUCCCGCUUGGCCUGCCCUCCUUAAAGCCGGGAUCAGUUGAGGCCACUCGUGUAAAGUUGGCAAACCGUUUGUAUGCCUUCACAUAUCGCAUUUUGCGAUAUUGCCUGGAGCGCGACAUAGUGGUCAGUCUUGAGAAUCCCGCAAAUAGUUUCCUAUGGGAGGUGUUGCAAGCUUUUGAGCCGCAAGGGGUUGCUCACCGUAUCCUUCCCAGACUGCAGUCAAUCAUCUUUGACUUGUGCUGCCAUGGGGGCUUUCGCCCCAAACGCACAAAGUUGCUUGCAACGCCUGGCUGCUUCGAGCCGUUGCGUGCGCUUUGCGAUGGAAAGCACAUGCACAAACCUUGGGGACAAAUUGUUGAGUUUGGAUCCAUUCGGUAUGCCACGAAGGAUGAGGCAGCCUACCCAGCAUUGUUUGCCUCUCGCUUCGCUUCUUGUGUGGAGCGCAAGGCUUUGUCGCUAGGCCUCAACCUGUGUCGUCGCCCAUCCCCUAAGGACCUCUCGUUGGCAAUGUUGGGCCGACAAAACAAGCGUCAUCAGCCGCUGGUUUCCGAAUACCAGUCUGUGAUUACUAUGCCGGCCGUUGCAUUCAAAUCACAAAAACACUUCAAGCUCUUGCGCAGCAUCGGGGGUGAGGAGCUUCGAGCUUCCACUGAUCCCAAUCCUAACACCCCUUUGGGAGGGACCAUCCCAGAGGCCUCAAAGCCCACCAGUAACACCCCUUUGAGAGGGACCAUCUCGGAGGCCAAUACCCCGAUUAGUUCACGGGAUCCAGCUGAGAAGGUUGGUGACCGGGUUAGGGUUGGGGUAUACAGGACUCCUGAACAGUUUGUAGAGGAGGCUAAGAAGGUCAUUCAUCCAGUAGAUUCUUCAAACCCGCUUGAGAAAGCCACGUUGUUUGCCUUGAAAGAAAACUUGACUAAAGACCCGAGGCUCAUAGUCUUGAAGCGAAACUUGGCGGUGGCUCGAGUGAAGCAGGAGGUGAAGAGAUGCAGUGAUGCUGAGGCGGAGCUUCACAAGGCCAUGCACCCGGCAGUGGCUAAGGUUAUGAGCGGCAAAUCCAUCUUGGCGUUGGAAUCUUUACUCAAGUCCGAGGGCUACGACGAUCUCGAAGUCAUCGGUUUCUUAAAGGAAGGGGUAAGGUUGGUCGGGACUUCCCAAUGCCCAGAAUGCUUUGAUCGUAAGUUUGUCCCCGCUUUCUUGACAGAGACGGAGCUCAUGGCCUCAGCGGCCACCAGACGAAAGUCCUUGUUGAGUAAGUUCGAAAGGGUAGACCCGGAGGAGGCCCGGAUCUUGAAGGAGGCCACGGAUGAGGAAGUGGCCAUGGGCUUUUUGGAGGGCCCCUACUAUGAUCAGAGCCAGAUUACGGAAUUGUUGGGAACCAACGAUUGGACAGUCAUCAGAAGGUUUGUUUUGCUUCAGGGGGCAGAGCUAAAACCCAGACCCAUAGACAACUGCUUGGAAUCCCAAUUAAACGCGGGCUACAGCUCCAGCAUUCACCUGCGGUUGCAAGAUUCGGACUACAUCUCAGCCAUGGCCCUCCACGUAGCGAGGGAAGUGAGCGAAGGCCGAGCGCACAAGGAUGCAUCGGAGUGGAAGGGCAAAACCCUUGACCUCAGUAAAGCGUACAAACAACUUGCUAUCCAUCCGAGCCACCGACCUCUUUCAGUGAUUGCAGUUAGGCAAUCGGAUGGAAAGGAUGCCCUAUAUGUUUCGGACUCACUGAUGUUCGGCAGUACUGCAGCGGUUUAUGCCUUCAAUAGGGUUUCUAGAGCCUUGUGGUUUCUCUUGAACAAACUUCUAUGUAUACCAGCUGCCGUCUUCUUUGAUGACUAUCCUCUGAUGUCGCCGGCAGGAAGUGCGGACAACGCCGACACCGCGGCGAGUGCGUUCUUGGACGCCCUAGGUUGGCGUCACGCCAAGACGGGCGCGAAAGGACGACCCUUUGCAUCGGACUUCGACGUCCUUGGUAUGCAUUUGGGUUUAGGUGAUCUUGCUAAGGGUACUGUAGUCUUAGCCAACAAACAGGGCAGGAUAGAGAGGAUUGUUGACCGUCUUCAGGAGAUCAGCUUGAAAGGAGAAAUCCGACGACACGAGGCUCAGGUCAUCCAAGGCCUGUUGCAGUACGCCUCGGGCUUUUACGCAGGCCGAUCGCUGAAGCAUGCGUCGCACAUUCUUGCGAGGAUUGUUGGGGGUCUGCACUUUAGUCCUAGGGACCUUAGUGACUUUUGCAAACACACCGUUUCUUUGCUGAAGCACGAGAACCCUAGAGUCUUGAGCUGUGCGAUGAUAACUGACAUCAUCCAUCUUUGGACCGACGGAUCGUGGGAAGCUGAUGUUGGAGGCAUUGGUCUAGCCGCCCAUGAUUGCUUCAGUGGAACGGGCUGGGUCUUCACAGGAAAGGUCCCGUCGCAGUUGCUUGAAUCUUGGAAAGCAGAGGUAGGAGAGCAGCUCAUCUGCGAGAUCGAGAUGUUUGCUGUGCUAGCUUCCCUGCUGCAGCUGAAUGCUCUUGUGUCGUCUCGCCGCAUAGUGUGGUGGGUGGACAACGAUGCAACCAGAGGUGUCAUGAUCAAGGGCGCCAGCCGCAGUUGGGCCAUGCACACUUUAGCCCGAGUGUUCUCUGAGCUCGACAGAGAAUGGCCAUCCAUGUGGUGGGUUUGCAGAGUCCCAUCCUACUCCAAUCCGGGGGAUGCGCCGUCGAGAGACCAAGGAGAGGAGUCUUUGGUGACGGUCGGAGCAUCUUGUGUGCAACCCUUCUCGAGACUUGAAGAGCUUGUUGGAAGAAUCCAGGCCUUCAACCGAGCGUGA